GUUCAUCGCCCGCAAAAACAGCGUCUGUGAGUUCAAAUAGCGAAGCAGCGUUUUCAAACAGCUUUCGCAGCCACUUGACGGACGAAGCCCCUGUUCAAACUUGCAGCGGAACUCGCUGCAUUCAUCGACAUGGACGACAAGGCAAAGGGCCCGCCUAAGGAUAUCUACGAGGCAGCGCAGCGGGAUGACACUGCAUACAUUAAGAAGAUGGUGGAGCGGACGCUGGAGUUCGACAUCAACAAGCGCGACACGCUGGCACGUACGCCCCUGCACUGGGCUGCGGAACUCGGGAACGUGAAGACCGCUGAGCUCCUCAUAGACUUCGGGGUUGAUGUGAAGGCGGUGGAGUGCAACGGGAGGACGGCUGUGCACCUGGCCGCCCGCAGCGGCGACCGCGCCAUGCUGGAGACGCUGCUGGAGCUGGCGGGGCCGGCGGAGCGCGCCGAGCUGAUCAACCAGCCGGACAACUUCGGCGUCACGCCGCUGUUCCUGGCGCGGCAAAAGGACAAGGAGGGCCAGGACGCGUUCGAGUACAUGCUGCUCAACGGCGGCCGCAUGAACGAGGAGGCAAAGAAGUAGCAGGAAAGGAGGAGAGGCUGACAGCAGGAGGAGGCUGACAGGAGGGUGCUCACAGGAUAAUGGUGAUGGUGAUGGGGGCAUAAGCACUAAUACUAGUGCGGCCUACUGGCGCAGCCGGCGCGAGUCACACACGCCCACACAGUUCGUGCUGCAUCGCAUACACUGUCUUUGCGCAAUGUUUUCCUUGUGCUCUUUAACACAGUGCGUGCUCGUCUCUGGGACGGAGGCGAGAGUAGUGCGCUAGUGCUUGUGUCGUCUCAAGAGCUUGGAGGAGGCGGACGAGUGGACUGCUGCGGUGUUUGCAGGCGGCUUGCAGCCGUGGUCGGUGUGUGAGCAAGCGACGGAAGGGUUGGAUGGAGGUCGCAGCGGCAAACCGCGUGGCGGGUUACGCACGCCUGUCUGGAUGGCUUUUGCGGAUGCUGCAAGCGGGAUUGGUGUUGCUUGGGUGUGGUUAGGGUAUGUGCUGAGCCGCUGAGGAAUGUCCGGCUUGCGCGGCUGUGCCUGUGUGUGUGGCAGUGGAAGGGGCGGUGCAGGCACUGCAUACGGUGCUUGCUUGGGCGGGAGGAGGCAUACCGUUUAUACAAGGGCUGCCUGCGGCACGACUACUGUAGCUUUCCGUAUGCUGUGUUGCUUGCGCUUGCUAGUACACGGCAUGCAUGCCGAUAGGAUGUUCGUGAUUUCAUGGGCGUAGGCUAUCAGCAGCAGUGGCCUCUCAUCGCCGCCGGAUGCCAUGCCGCCCAUGAGCAGCGUACCCGCGGUUGUGAUGUGCUUCGGGUGAGCAAGCGUGCACGCCUACACGGCAACGCAGCAGGCGGCCUUAGUUUGUGCGAUCGGCGGGUCCUGCCACCUUCGCCCCUGACGGCGCCGUUGAACGCAGUUCAAGGUGCCGCUUGCACGCACGCAUGUUGGCGUGCGUACUGGCUUCGGCUUGUCCCUCCACUACUGGAUCAUGCACGAUCGGUAGAUUGAUGUCGGGCGGAGUGAAUGCAUGCAGCGUGCGCCCGGGCCCGGGCCCUCCGGUGCGUGCUGCGAGAAGUGCCGCGGGGCGAAAAGUUGCCGGUGGCCUCUGGUUGUAAGGGUGAGCCGGG